AAUAGAUUUAGUCAACGAAUUUUGUUCACAACUGUGAUUGAUAUGUCCGACAAAUUUUAUAAAUACUACUUACCCGAUGGGCGCAUAUUUCAUGUGGAGGUUGCAUUGAAGGCCAUUAAUCGCGAAGGCAUCACUUCGGUGGCUUUGAAGGGCAAAACGUGUGCCGUAGUUGCCUCACAGAAUAUAGCAACGAAUAUAGCCAACAUUGACCCAGAGACUGCUACGAGUUUGUUUGCACUAAAUGAAAUAGUUGGUUGCGUUGUCACAGGACGUUACGGCGACUGCAAAUAUCUGGUGCAAGAAGCUCGCCGUGAAGCCUCGGAUUUCCACAGUUAUUGCAGACAUCAAAUGGCAAUUGAUGUCCUUUGUCACCGCAUGGCCGACAACCUUCAGCUCAAGACCCGAUGUCUUGAAGCCCGUGCACUCGCCUGCAGCAUGAUGUUGAUCUCAUAUGAUGAUGAUUUGGGAGCAAGUGUCUUUAAAACGGAUCCAAGUGCAAACUAUUGUGGCUAUUUUGCCUGUGCUUCAGGUGCCAAACAAUUGCAAGCCGAAGACUUUUUACGCAAAAAUUACAAAUUAAAUAUGUCCGAGAAGGAAAGCGUAAGAUUGGCAGUUAAUUGUUUAGAAAAUGUCUCGGAAUUUGAAUGUCAGCCCCAAGAUAUUGAAGUUGGCAUUGUGACUGACUGUAAUCGACAAUUUCGCAAACUCAAUGAGAAGGAGAUUAAAGAGUAUAAACAUUAUUUUUAA